AUGGCUUCGAUUUUGGAGUCCUACGAGAAGCAGUAUGGAAAUCUUACGAGCGAAAUCACUGCGAAACUUAAUAAUAUAUCCAGGCUCGCUAAUGGUAAAAUUGAUUUAGCUGAAUUUCAGAUUCUCCUUUACCUGUAUUAUAGUUUUCUUUAUAUAUUCAACUAUUUUUGCCUCGGUUCGGUUCUCAAGCAGUUAAUGAGCUCCUUGUAUUUUACGAAAGAUGAAAGGAAGGCAGAGAUAACAGCAACUACGCGUUUGUUUGAUGAAACUCGUGAGCUUCUUGAACAAAUGGAUUUGGAAAUACAAGACAUGCCUGCCGAUGUGAAGCCCAAGUACACUACUCGGCUGCAGUGCUAUGGUCAAGAGCUCGGACGCCUUGCGCAAGAGUUCAAACGCCCUCGCUACAGUAUGAACGCGACUCCGAGCGCCGGACCCCUCUCUGACCACAGUGCCCUGCGCGAGGAGCUACUUAGUGGAGCUGCUGCCGACUCAGGUGACAUGCGUGCUAGUCUGCUGACAAAUACCGAGCGUGUGGAGCGUACCGGCCGACGCCUUAACGAAGGUCUUCGCAUGGCCUAUGAGACCGAAGAGAUCGGCGGGCAGAUCCUCAACGACCUGGAUCAGCAGCGCGAGUCCAUUCAGCGCAGCCGCGACCGCGUAUAUCCUCUUUAUCUUUCACUUCUAAUGCUGAGGCAUGCGAACGAAGAUUUAUCACGUAGCUCUCGGUUGCUCUCAAAAAUGUACCGACGCGUUAUCCAGAACCGGGCUAUUUUGGCUGCGAUCGGUAUACUAAUGUGUCUUGUCUUCUUUGGCAUCAUCUACGUGAUGUUCUUCCGUGACUCCGCUAAGUCCGCCACCACUCCACUUUCUGACAAUUUUCAUCCUCCCUUACCCAACCCUAGCAAAAAUUCUUCAGAGCCAGUGUAG